AUGAUCUUCGUUUUGGAGGGGAAACUCACAGUUGGGUUUGUGGACACCACCAACAAGCUUUUCUCUACAGUCAUCAAAAAAGGCGAUGUUUUUGUGUUUCCCAAGGGCCUAGUACACUUUGUUCAGAACGUAGGAUAUAGUCCUGCCUCUGUUAUAGCAGCUCUUAACAGUCAAGCUCCUGGUAACUCUGUCAUUCCCUUGGUCACUUUUGCUUCCAAUCCGGCAAUUCCCAGCUAUGUUUUGGCCAAGUCAUUCCAGAUCAAUGUUACAGAGGCUGAGGCAAUCAGAAAGAAGCUUGGUGGUAGCUGA